AAUCAACACACAUCUUGACCAUCUGGUAUUUCUAGGUCAACGAUUACAGGUGCACAUGCUGCGAGUGAAGAAUCAAUAAGACCAUUGACACGAACAGCACUACCCAUGAUGACCAAUCGGAUAUAAGGGGAUGACCUUGUCAAGUUUGGAAGUUGUGACAGAAAAAUCUUUAUAAUAUUGGAGGUACAACGAAUGUUUAAGGACACAAGGGAUGUAAUGAGGAGUUGAGAUGGACACACCAGUAGUUAUAACCAGCACUGUUUUGCUGCUGUACGUGUUCAGUGUACCAGUGGCUCCACAGCAAGCCAACCAACAACAGCCACAGGCUUUCCAGGUGAAACUGCCAGACCGACAAAGCAACGGAGGCGAGGCAGCAGCAGUAGCAGCACACGAUGAGAAGAAUAUAGGGUAUUUGAAUUCCCUGCUGAAAAAGCGGAAGACUAAAUUGAGCAAUGAUGAAGGAAGUGACAAACAGGUUCUAAAACAACGAGUAAAACGGAAAAAGAAGAGGAGUAAAGCACAGCAGGAUAAUAAACUUCAAAUCAAUAAAAAUCCGGCUCAAGGAUCUCAGGAUUUUGUGCAGAGAGCCAAUGUAGUGCCUCAAAACAAUCAGAAUAUAGUAGCUCCAGCAUUAGGUGGAGUUAACAACAAUUCAGGCGGAGCCAAUAACAUUGUGGGCGGAGUUAAUAUUGGGGGUGGGGUUAAUAAUAAUAUUGUGGGAGGUGUUAACAGUAUUGGGGGUGGAGCUAAUAAUCUUAAUGAAAACAAAAUUAAAUCACAUAUACCAAGUGCUUUCAAUGACAAUGAUGCUUUAAAAAGGGCAGAAAAUAAUAACGUUGUUAUGAACUCCAGAGUAAAAGUGAUAGAAAGUCUUGGGGCCAAAGAAGCACCCCGCCAACAGGACAGUGUCCCGGUGUUGCCAGGAAAUACUGUGAGAAAGAAUAACCAGGACAGGCCAGUAGAUGUGGUAGGAGGAGCAAACAUGCUGCAGAAUCCCGCCCCACGGGGAGGCGACAUCCCCGCUAACUCCAAUUUCCAUCAGGAAGAUCCUCCUGUUGUUCAGAACAUGCAGGAUCACAAACCUGCUGAAAGUCUGAAUGAUAAUCGUGCAGUUGUUCAUGAUGAAGUCCAGGAUAGUCAUGAUGAAGUUGUUGAGGAGAAGAACAAUAUCAUCCGCGAUAACAACAACCAUGUCGAGGUCCAAGGCGCAGGUAGUGUGCUACGUAACCAGGAAAAUAACUUCCAGGACAGUAAUAGGAACUGGCAACCUGUAGUCAAUAAUAACCCCCCUAUUCAACAACAGCCACAUCAACAACCCAACAAUAAACCAAAGAAACAGGAUAGCCAGCGAAUUAUGUGGGACUGGAGCGACUUUCUCAUUAACUAUGAACAGUAUGUCAUGCCAGAGCAAAAGGUAAGGCGUGCACCACAUGCCACUACAGGUGAACCAUGGCCGAUGCCUCAAUAUUAUAUCACGUCGCAGACAAAACUGUUCCGACUGGACCGUGAAAAGUUCCAUUUUCGUAUUUCCAAAGAAACCUGUGACAUCAUCGAGAAGGCUAUUGAGCGAUACAAGGACUACAUUUUGUAUGACAGUGUUCAGGAUAUGUAUGAUAAUUUACAACAUGCCCAAGGUUCGAGUCUGGAGGAUGUUUACGAGAAAUACGGAGAUGAGGUCCACACACAGGCUGGUUACAUUGAUGAGCUCAAUAUUAAGAUCCGACAACCCUGCACCAGACUUCCUCAUGACAAGAUGGAUGAAUCAUAUGACCUUUUUAUCAAACGAACUGGAGCCUUCCUGUGGGCUAACGAAGUGUGGGGUGCUCUGCGUGGACUGGAAACUUUCAGUCAACUGGUUUUCAAGGGCACAAAUGAAGAACUGUACAUUAGAGAUACAGUCAUCAACGAUUAUCCACGCUUCUCGCACCGUGGCAUCCUCUUAGACUCGUCACGUCAUUACCUCUUCAAGGAAACCAUAUUUGAUGUCUUGGAGGGUAUGACACAAAACAAAAUGAACGUGCUACAUUGGCAUAUUGUUGAUGACCAGUCCUUCCCAUAUCAGAGCAAAGUCUACCCUGACCUCAGUGACAAGGGAGCUUACCAUCCAACUUUUGUCUACACUCAUGAGGAUCUUGAUGAGAUCAUUGAGUAUGCUAGAAUGCGGGGGAUCCGAGUCAUGCCUGAGUUUGACACACCCGGACAUACAUAUUCCUGGGGCCUAAGUCGACCAGACCUUCUCACCCAAUGUUACCAGGGAACCCAUCCAGUCACAGGCUACCUGGGACCCCUCGACCCAAGCAAGAAUGAGACGUACCGUUUCCUGAAAAACCUUUUCAAUGAGGUCCUCCAUGUCUUCAAGGAUGAGUACAUUCAUUUGGGAGGGGAUGAAGUUCCCAUGACCUGCUGGUCAUCUAAUCCUGAAGUCCUUCAGCUGUUAAACAAACUGGAUGGAAAACCAGAUGAACCUAUCAACCUUCAGAAUGUUGACCCAUACAUGUACAGUUAUGAUAUCCGCAAGGUCCUUGAAUUCUACGAAAAAAGACUUACACAAGAUCUGAAGGAAAUUGGUCGCCGAAGAAAGAAUGGAGUGAGAUUUGUCAUGUGGCAAGAGAUUAUGAACAAUAAUGUGCAGCUGCCCAACGAUACGAUCAUCCAGAUUUGGCAGGGAGACAUGGGGGACGUUCAACGUGCCAUAGAUAUGGGAUACAACACACUGUAUUCUACCUGUUGGUAUCUCGACCUGAUCGAGUACGGUGUCAAGUGGCCAAAGUACUACAACUGUGACCCCGCCGACACCAGUAUGGGCUACCAGAUUGAUGAAAAGAAAGUCCUAGGAGGCGAGGCCUGCAUGUGGGCAGAAUAUGUGGAUAAUGAAAACCUGAUGACAACACUGUGGCCUCGAGCGUCUGCCGUGGCGGAGAGAUUGUGGAGCAGUAAAGACGUGAAGGAUGUGGAUGCUGCUGGUAAACGUCUGUCCGAACAUCGCUGUCGUAUGCUCAGUCGAGGGCUACAGGUGGGAAUGAUCAGUGGUCCGGAUUACUGUCUCCGACGUGGACAUAGACGUGACCGAGACAACUCCUCCAACUGUUCCGUUGGUCACUGCUUCCAGAGCAAGGACACUGUCCAGAUAGAAAAGAUCAAUGUCCGAGUCCAACAGAGGGGUCACAACCUGCCAGUGCCCGACUGCAACCAGAUCAUUUCUCAAGGAGGAAAUAUGUUUACCAUAGCUAUUGUGAUUGCUGCUGUGUUCAUCAUUGUUGCCGUCAGCAUCAAGGCUACAGGAAACAGAAUGAUGCAGGGACGGUUCUGUCGAAAUAAGAACAUCUUCAUUGCAUUUAUCGUCAUCAUUCUCAUUUACUUUAUGUGUUCAACGUCACUUUGGAUGCAGGUCCUGGAAUUCAAAGGCUCCUUUGAAAAACGUGUGAAAUCGUCCUAUUCGGACAAGGGCUAAAUAAAUAAUUUUGUGUUAAAAUUUUUGGAAUGACUGACUAAAAUCCAGACUGAUAAUGUUCAUACAUGAUAUACAUAACUGUUAAAUCUGAGUUAAUUUAAUGAAUGUUUUGUUUUCAUUACUGAAAUAACCUAGUCAUAUUUAAUUAAGUUAGACAUUUUUGUAUGAUUCAGGAAAAAGCUGGUUUUAGAAAAAUCAGUAUUCAUUAAAAUUUGUUUGUAAAGAAUUAUCCAAUAACAUUUUGUAUGAUUUUAAACAUUUUGUUCAAAUUAUUUAGUAAAAGUCACUCACCUCCAUUCCUUGUGCUACAUUCUCUUAAGAUACAGCUGAUUCAUUAACUAUCACAAUUAAUUAGAUUUAAAAACUACCAGGAUAAGAGCUGGUCUGUAAUUAUGGAAAGAUGGUGGGGAAGUUCCAUGCUUUGUACAGCCUUGAAAAGUCGUGGAAUUUUGAGUUGAGUCGUGAAGAUGGUAUCCAGUUGUCUGUACCUAGUAAUGUGAGCAUGUGUGUGUAUAGUUUAUUGAUAGGAUAAGAAAAGGAUGUUCAGGUCUGAGGAAUAUAAGUUCACCUAUAUUGUAAAAACACAUUGUGCAAACUUGCUAGAGAUUACAACUCUACUGGAAGGCUUCUAUUGUUAUGGACAUUUAAAAACCAGUAUAAUGUAGUUAUUUCCCAGAAUUAAUACUGAACUACAGUAGUAUUAAAUGAUUGCCUGCAUUAUAGGACUAUAAAUGGGUUUUAUUUGAUUUUACAUGAGUGGUCUUGUAAUGCAGGCUUAACUGAACAGCACCAGAAUAAAGGGCAAGUAAUAAACUUUUCUUGCCUUUUUUAAUGAUUUUUUUUGCUUUGUUACAAUUGCAAAAGUGAAACUUGUAAAUAAAAAGCAAACUGUUUCUACAACUUUGACUCUAUGUGGAUGAUAGGAGAGUGAAUGGAGGUUGUAGCAAUGCAUUUCUGAAAUACAAUCCAAUGUUAUGGCAAUCAAUUUGUUUUGUAAAGUUUUAACUUAUUUUUGUCAACAUAUAUCACAGGAUUAUUUAUUCAUUAUAGGUAGUUGACUUUUCUAUUGAAAUCUACAAUCUUCUUUUUUUUGUCACUUAUUCCCCCCUUCUUUGGCUCUAUUUAUUGUGAUUUUAUGAUAUUUAAGCAAGUCCUAUGCAUUUCAUUAAUAAUAACCUUUUUUUCCCUGUAUCAUAAAAUUUUUAAAAAAAUGUUUAACUACAGACUCUUGUUAAAUAUAGCAGCACAAGUGCAUUUCUAUUUUAAACAGCUCUGGAAAUGUUUGAAAUACCUGGCGAAUUAUACUACAUUUAAAAAAAAAUACUGUUGAAAAUGUGAAUGUCUAUCACUUAUUAAUAGAAUUGGGAAUGGUGAUGGAACCAUUUCUAUUUCUUUACCAAAUAAACCAGUAUAGCUAUCUCCUCAUCAAUAUUGCUUCUGCUUGGUAAUCUUGAGGCAGGAAAGUAUGUGGUUAGUCAUAUAUUAGGGUCAUUGGUGAUCUUCAGUCCUGACUUCAAUGACAAAAAAGAUAACCAGGUAAUUAAAGAUGUGCUGUUAGCGUGAAAAAUGUUCACCAUCAACUUGUAUUAUACAAUUUGUAGAUACGUUUGUAUUUUAAUUUUAAUUUUACCUCAGUAAAAGUUUAGUUGAUAGAUUUUAAUCAAGAUGAAGCUAUGAGAAUCGACUCAGAAUCCGAUGCUGUUGAGGUUAACACACUUCCUCAACACACGUUACAUUAAUGAAUUUCGUCAGGAUUCAUGAGAAUCGUUGGUUCUUUCUUCUUUUUUUUUUUUAUGUGCUGUACAAAUGGAGAAUUGAUUUCAACUUAAAUCUCAAGCUCAUUCUAAUUUUACCUGACACUUAAACCAAUAAUUUUGGUAUACUCGGUUCAUAUUACCUCAGAACUAAAUAAAUGUAACUCAAGAUCAAUCAGUAUAUCUACCUGAUAUUUAGUACGAGUAGUGACUUGUUUGUCAAUGAACCAUUAUUGAAUCUACAACUGUGGUAGUUAUAGACAUGUAAAAUCAGUAUAGUAAGUCAUGUAAUGCUAUCUUAGAGAAAGCCUUGAUCAUGAUCAGUGUACAGAAUAUCUGUCAAGAGUUUAAUAUGAUCUUUUACAAAUGGUAAUUAUUGCUUGUAUCAAUGAGUUUCAGUGGAUUUCUGUGACUUUCCAUAUCAAUUACUUCAUUUUUCUCGUACAUAAAAUUAAAUGUGUAUUGUUUGAUUGAGUUUUCAUUGGAGAAUGUGUGAGAAUGUCUAAGCAAAACAUAUGUUGUGUAGUUGUAAUCAUCAAAAUAUUUCUCAACAGUUGUGGCCAAAAAAUGAUGAAUUUAUUUAGGUUGUGUCUGUACAAAAAUUGAUGAUUUGAUAGGUUAUGCUUAUACAGAAACUGAUGAUAUCAUAGGUUAUGUCUAAACAAAAACUGAUGACAUCACAGGUUACAUCUAUACAAAACUGAUGACAUAUUAGAUUAUAUGUCUACACAAAAACUGAUGACAUCAUAGGUUACAUGUAUACAAAAACUGAUGACAUUAUAGGUGAUGUAAGGGCCAAUGGUAAUGUCGUUAAUCACCAUUCACUGAAGUCCUGUUAAUACAUUGUAAGAUAAAAAAAACGAAGAAUCCUGUAUCAUGUAUUUAUUCUUCAUUAAUUCUAUGAUAUAAGUAAAUUAGAUCAUUUAUGAUAAUGACCAUAACAAUAUCCAAUCAAUUUCUAUUAUAUUGUAACUACAUAUUCCUGUUUUAAUUGUCAGUUGUAGGUUAUAGUGAUCAUAUUUUUGUGUGUUGAUUUUGUUGAAGGGCAAUAACUGAUUUCAAGUUCUUCCAAAAAUGUUAAAGGAAACUUUGAAUCGCAUGUAUACCCUGGUAAGUGUUUUCAUUUGAACUUUUCUAAAAAUGUAAUUGUUGUAUCCCCCUAAGUUUUUCAAAUAAUUCUUGAAGUGAUUUGAAUAUUACUUGUAAUAUAAAGUUAUACUGAAGGUAAACAUCCUACUUUUCAAUACUAGAGUUAAUUAACAAAUUGAACUUAUUUGCAAAGGAGACUUCAGUGCAUAAUUAUCCAUUUUAUUAAACUCGUCCUGCAGUACACAAAUUAGUGUUCUAAUAAUAUUAUAAACUUUUACUUACCUGGUACAUGUACUGCCCCUAGAUACCUCUAAGUUGAUUUUUUCUUGACUUUUGAAUUUUUUCUUUGUGUCUAUAUUGACCUAGCAGAUUUUGUUUUUCGGUAUACAUGUACUAUUCCAUUCAGACUGGUAAGCGUAUUAGGUACAACAGUUACAAUUAAUUGACUGAUGGAGUGUAAUGUAUCAUUGUAUUCUACUAUGCUGAAAUAAAAUGCAUAUGUGUGUAUAUAGGAGCAGCGAGGGCUGUUAACUUCCACUGUGUGGAACAAAUUCUAGCUUUUAUAAUCAUGAAUACAUUAUUACAUACAUAACAUAUCAUUUGGGUGUUUAUUUUAUUUCUGAGUGAGCUUUACGACAGCCCUUCAAUUUAUGUUUUGUAUGCCAUCGAUUGAAAAGGCAUAAUGAUUACUGUCACCAAAAUAUGCAUAAUUGUUUAAAUAAAUUGAUAUGUUACAUGUGAAAAGUGCAAGAGGGACAAUAUAUCUCACACAAAAAUCCAAAUAUAUGUAUGGCAUUUGUGGUCUUGUAUAAUAUCUAAUGUCGAUUUUCAUUUAUAGAUAAAAAGUUAAUAUAUAUUCAAAUAUUAGUAGGAAAGUAGUAUUUUCAAUGCUGUGAAGGAUAUGAAAUAGUUUGAGUCUUUGCCUGACAAAGAUCUAUUUAAUGUUAAUUCUUCAGAAAUUUUGAUUAAAAUUAUCUGUAGCAAACAACUUGUAUUCCAUCAGGAUCUUUGUUAGUCAAGGUAUUCACAGAUUAACUGUACUGUACCUGUUCAAUACAAGACUGUAAGAUCUAUUGGUAAAGAGUUUAGUUGAUAGAGAUCAGUUUAAAUUGAAUGUAAGACCUUUGAUAUAAGAUCAAUCAGAAUCAAUAAAAGCUUCAGAAUAGAGAUCUGUAUCAAAAGGCAGCUUGCUUAAUCUGUGUUUAUAAAGGGCUUUAUUAGAUGUUGACAGAUUAAAUGGACUAGGGCAAAAAAAUGAAGAAAUAAAAAAAAAAGUAAAUUGUCCAUUAAAACAUAAGUCACAUCUUUAAAGUAAUGAACUGAUUGAGUAUACUGAUAUUUUGACAGAGAUGAUUUGAAACUUCCUGAUAGAACCAUUUAAAAGUCUAAUUGUCCUCCAUGAGUUUAGUGGUCUGUCAGUUUGUUAUGUAUUACUAUUGAUAUGAUAUUGUUAUUGCAGUCUCCGGUGUGUCUCCUAUUGUAUAUGAAAUGGUACCAAAGUGAGGUUUUGUUGAGGUUCUUUUCUCCAGUUCUAUUUCUGCAGGUAUUGUCUUCCCCCGUACUCCUCAUACUUACAGGAUGACUUCUUUUCAUCCCCUUAAUAAGACCAAUGUCAGAAUGUAGAAAUAAACAAAAAUGUUUUAUUAUGUUCUAGAUACUGUACAAAUUAACCAUGAUUACAAACUAAACAAUUCCUUGAGAUAGCUCAUUAUGAAGAAAUUUUCAUGCUUUAAAAAUACAUUUAUAAACCUCAUUUUGACAAUGCCUUGAGUUUGUAUUUUAAACUGCUAUUUCUAUCAGAUGGACUAAAAAAUAAUUGAAUUUUUCAUACAUACUUAAGAAGAUUUACUAUUCAAGAAAGAAUGUUAACCAAGAAGUAUAGAUAAAAUGUAUUUGGAAACGGCUAUCACCGGUAUGACUUAAAAAUCUAAUAGAUUUGUGAAAGACAACAAAUAUGUUUAAUAUAUUGUUUAACGAGUAUUCCAGUGAGGUGAUGUAACAAACUGAUCAUUUAGGCAGUAGAUAGUUUGUUUAAUUACUAAGUUGUCAAUUUGUGAUGUUAAAGUUUAAGAAUGUUUGCUCAUAUCCCCACGGUAGUGAUGAGUAUUAUUAAUUCCAAUUCUUAUGUUUAUUCAAUCUCCAAUAAAGAUAAACACAAAUUAAGUUUCCAAUCUGGGGAGAUUUCAGAGUAUGUAGCAUAGGUUCAAUCUGUCCAGUUAUAUACAAAUGUACUUCUCCUAGGUCACAAAAACUUUGACAUUGAAAAUUUACGUAAUUGAUAUAUUCUUUCAACAUUGGCAUGAUUUGGAAGUUCAAAUUUGCUAUGCCAUGAAGUUUUUCUUGUUUCUAUUUAAAACAGUGCGGGUUGGAGAAGUUGGAAAUUUAAAAAGAAAAAAAAAAUUACAAGUGCGAUGUGAGUUCUGCUUUCUACAGUUCAUUAUACUCUAAUGUCUCACUGUCUCUCCCUCCUCAGUUCUCCUAGGUCACAAAAACUUAGCAGACAUUUGAAAAUAUACAGAUGCAGAAAAUGUAUGUAAAAUGUCUUUUCUCCCUCAGUCCCCCGCCCCAGCCCCAUUUUACAAAUGUGUAAGAUAUGGAGAGAAAGAGAACGAGAGAGAGAGAGAUACAAGAUACAACUGCCAUUUUCACAAUGGUGUGUUAUAAGCCCACCAAGUAUGAUUUAUGUCAGGAAUUAUUUAGCAUUAUAUUGUGAAUAAGAUAAUUAUCUACACUGUAGUAUAAUUUCUUUGAAUACAUCAAAAUAAAAUACUCCAUGUUCGAUAGUUUUUUGGUUUUGUCUAUUUUUUUUUUGUUUUUUUUUUUGUUUUUUUUUUUGCUCAAAUUAUUUUCUAUUGUAAUUAAGAGCUUAGAAUAUUCACAGCUGGUAGUUACAGUGAAGUUUAAUUAUAACAUUUUAUCUAUUACAUUGUUUAUGGAGUGGAAUGGUUUCCGUUAUAUACCUUAGAUUUUCUGUAGAUUUUCCGUUUGUGCAUUACUCACAUGCAGUGUUUUAAAAUAUUGACAAUGCCAUUCUCGUUGUGUUAAGUUUUUUGCUGUGCAUGUCACCACCAGAGUUCCUGUACGGGAUGCAGUAUAAAAGCUAAGAAGUUUUAUAUAGACUUGUGUUACUAGUUACUAUGCAGAUAAAGUGAAAUGUGUUGCUGUUUUUUGUAAAUUUUAUGUUCAGUUUUAUCCCUGUAUAUGAUCAUGUGUAUAUUUUGUAUAGGUGCAUGGCCACUUCAAUACCCCAAGACUUAUUCAAAAUACUCUAGAUUAUUCGUAUAUUUGGGCAAUUUUUAAAAUUACAUCAAAUCUUUCUGCAGAUUUGAGUAAAAUGCAAACCAUCAUGUGAGUUUCAUGUGUACAUUUUGUAUAUAUACAGAGAGCAUAUAUAUUGGACAGUAAAACAUGUCAGUGAUUAAAAGGAAACAAAAUAUUGAAAAAUAAGUGCAUGCUGGUAUACUAUCGAAUUGAUGGUUUUCUGGAUAAUUUGAUAUAGUUAUAUAAGUAUAUAACAUCAUUGAUCCAAACAAAACAAAAAAAGGAGAAAAUUUAAAUCACAAAAACUAUAAAAUAGAAUAUAAUAUUUCUUCUUGAUGUUACAUGUUCAAGAAUGAAAAAAUUGAAGGUAUGAGAUGUGAUAUGGAGGUGAAUGAAAUGACAGCUUGUAUGAAUGACUGCAAUUUUUGACAUUUUGUUCUGGAAGGUAGAUGUGUAGUGUAUAGUAAAUAUGUAUAUAACCCUGAUAACCCUGAGCAACUUUUAUUCAUUCUUACAUUUUUUUCAUGAAUUUGUGUUAAAGCAUGUUGAUGAAGUGCUUCUUGAAAUUGUGUUUAUCAUCUAAUUCAUUAUAACUGGAAUAGCCAUUAAAUUUGAACUGAAGUCAUUGCUUUCAGAAUUUAAGUGCAACUUUAAAAUACGUACCUGGAUUUAAGCGAAAGCUGAUCUGGUUAUUUGUAGAAGGAAAAUGUGCAUUAAUUAAGAAUUAGCAGCUGACCAUACAGCUGGGUAUGGAGCACCAAUAGUUCUUACUGCUGCCAAACCUGUAACACUGGUAAGAGAGAUAAUCAUUGUUUAAUGAUAUAGAUUCACAAAAAUACCCUUAUUACAUUGUUGUAUAUUGUAGAUUUUUUGCAAACAAAUUCAUGUAAAGUUGUGUGUUGUUGUUCAUAAAUAAGAAAAAUAAACUUACUUAUUGGCAAGAUAUCAGGAUUUUUUGCUAAAACAGUAUUAUACUUAUAGACCAGUGGUAUAAAAUGAUACUAAAAGUGUAUUGAACUACUCUAAAAUCAAGAAUAGGCUAUAUAUCAUGAAAAUGGUUAAGAGCAAGUUAUUUGAAAAUACUGUUAUGAUUUUGAUUUUUAAUAAAUCAUGUCAUUAUCUUAUUUGCUGAUUUUAUUUUUUUUAAUCCCCAAUUAAUUUGUCCAUGAAAUUUUAAUAUGUUCAGAUUAUUUGAUUGUGAAGCUGUUUUAACACUUCAUGACUGACAAGUAUUCCAACUACUGUUUUAGGUAUUUUAGGAUAAAUCAUCUUCAUAUACAAUUAAUGAUAUGUAUUUCAUGCAAAUAUAUUCAUAGAGUUGAAAAAAUAUUGAAAUACCGGUAUAUAAAAUUCAUUUAUAAAAAAAAAAAAAAUGAAAAUUUGACAUCUCGGUUUCCUGAAAUUAUGAACGUUAUGCAAUACCAUAUAUUUUAAGUUUAUGACCAAAAAUGUGUAUACUAGCAUCCAUAGAAAUGAAAUAAUUAAUCUACAAAUAUAUUAAACUUGAUGAUAAAUCAGAAUUUAACAACCCCAAGACACUUUAUUAUCAUUAGAACCCAAUUUGUAUCUUUUAUAUUAUGUAACCAUUUGAUUUAAUACUGGAUAUUCUAGUAAAAAUAUAGUUGUCAUCUCAAAAUUUAUUACUUAAUUUAUUUUUAUCAUUUAAUAUUAGUCACAAUUUUCUUCAAUAGCUUUCAUUAACUUGGUGAAGGAUUUCCCUCUCUUGUCUAUAGUGAACUGGUAAAAUGUUGUAGAUACACAUAAUUGUUAUUAUUGAUUAGUCACAUCUGUCCCUUAAUUUAAAUAAUGUAAAAGAAAUAUUUGUGAUACCAUUUUAACUAAAAACACCAAACACACACAAUUUGCUCUUCUAUUUUGUAAUGAAAUAUUAUAUAUUGUAACUCUGAAACAGUGAAGACUUGUAAAUAAAAUGAUCUGUUUUGUU